AUGCGUGGUUACGGAGGAUGCUCCUCCAACAACAACAAUAACGACACGUUCUCGCUUCCUCCAUCACUAUCACUGCUUUACCUAGUUCUCAUAAUGUGCGUACCCAAAAACACUGGUCGACACACGUACGUCUCCAAAGUCUUUGGAGCCGACGAGGGCACUUCUCGAAGUAUCCCCUUCUUUGUCUACAUUGUGGAGGCCAUCAUUCUCGUUGUCAGCAUCACGGCCGUGGGUGCAGUUGCCACAUCGCUUGCGGGUGAUCCAACUUCUCAAUAGGUGAAUCUAACUCGAUGAGGGGCUUAACCAAGAAGAACUGUAAGGGUAUCCACCAGCCAACUAAGCGCACCCGACUGGAUCAUUUGAGAGGGAGUCGGUUUUCCCUUGCUUUUCUUUCCAUAAUCUCUUCACACUACAUGAACUAGCGGUGCUUCUUCUCUUCUGAUAUUUUGGUAAUCAUCAGACUAUGCAAUAAACCAUUUAAG